GGCAUCGAGGAGAAGACAGUGUAGUGGUCGAGGGUGAGUGGACGAGACAGGUUUCAAAGAUUGUCUCAUACUUCAGUCGUGUUGCGUUCGAUACGGUUCGUGUUUCCGACAUAUUGGUGAUUCGAGAUCUAGUUAAUUCGAUACAUUUGGUGAUUCGAGACUUUGGUGAUUCGAUACCUAGGUAUUUCGAUACCUUGGUGAUUCGUUACCUUUGUGAUUCGAUACCUGGGUGAUUCGAUACCUUGGUGAUUCGAGACUUUGGUGAUUCGAUACCUAGGUGAUUUCAUACCUGGGUGAUUCGAUACAUCAUUAUUCUCUCUACAUAUGACACUAUAAAAUUUCACUAUAUGAUUUUCUUGUGUUUUAUUAUAUUAAGUCUGGAAAUUCUACUCAAUGAACCUUUGAACUGAGACCGAACCAAAAGAUGAGACAGUGACUUCUAAACGUUCAUGUUCCUCAGAUUCUGAAGUUUCGAAACUUUGGGAAUUACCACAGAAUUGAAAAACCACGAGUGUGACCAUCUGUUGAGCACCUGUCAAUACCACCUGAUGAACACACUUGGUGAACAUUACUUGCUGAACACAUUGCUGAACAUAUUUGUUGAGCACCAUCUACUGAGCACACCAACUGAACACCACUGCCUGCUGACCAUCACUUGCUGAACACACCUGCUGAACACACCUGCCAUCAUUACCUUCAAGUCUUACUACAGGUGCACCUCUGGUUAUCUCUCUCCACCAGCUGUCAACCAUCCGAGUCUCUCUCCACCAGCUGUCAACCGUCUGACUGUCUCUCCACCAACUGUCAACCACCUGACAGUUUCUCUCCACCACCUGGCAACUACCUGACUGUCUCUCCACCACCUGGCAACUACCUGACUGUCUCUCCACCACCUGUCAACCACCUGAGUCUCUCUAUCGGCUGGCAACCACCUGACAAUCUCUCUCCACCACCUGGCAACCACCUGUCUCUCCCCACCACUCUAGAAUAAGCUGCGUCAGUGAGUGAGUGAGUGAGUGAGUGAGUGAGUGAGUGAGUGAGUGCGUGAUUGAGUGAGGUUUUCCAUCCAUAGAGCUAGCUGACACAAGUAAAGAUAAUUGAACAUUUGAACAUUUGUACUGUAAUUAUCAAGACAUUUGAACAUUUGUGCUGUAAUCAUGAACCAUAAAAUGCCCGAAAUUUCUGACGACAAGAGUUGAAAUUCUCUAAAGAUCUUAGUAACUUUAGUAUAAGAUAAGGUAAAAAAAGAACAGUUUUAAAAGAUCUUAAGGUUAGAAAAGUCUUAUAUAUCUUACUUUGAAUAUAGUGACUUAAACUUACGAGAAAAAUAAUUAGACUUUAGAUGAGAAAAAAGUGAUUCCAAAAAGGUCUUUAUUCUGGAAAAGUCUUAUUAAUACUCAAUGAUAUAUUAAAAGAUCUUACGACAAGAAUUAUAUGAAUUUAUCCCAUAUAUAAAAACUUAAUACGAGAAUUUAAAGAAAGAUAGUUAUAAUCUAUUAUAUAAGGUUUAACUUAAAUAUCUGUAUAUAAUGAAUGUUUGAAAAUACUGUUAAAAAAAUAUUUCUUUGUAUGUAUGUUUGGUGUAUAACUUACUGUACCUAUAAUACGUGAGUUGUUGUUAUAAUUUAACUUAUUAUCAUGGAGAAAUUUAACUUACGUCUAUAUUGAAAAAAAAUUACAAUUCUUACACUUCAGAUAUUAGUUUUGUCUCCUGGGAGGCUUGUGGUUAAUUUAUUUUUGAGUGUAUAUUAUAAACUAAUGUCUGGUAAUUUGUUAACAUUAGAAAAUAGUAAUUAAUGUUUUUAGUUUAUAUAUCUGUGAUGGUAUAAACGACAAGGGAUCUGAUACUACUCUGAAUAGGAUCUCGAUGCUGUAAACAAAACAAUAGCAUCUCUUCGGCAUUGGAUCCUAUUAGUCUAUGUUUACAGUGUGAGGGAGAAGGAGGUGGUGAUGGUGAUAGUGAUGGUCCAGUCCUGCCAGUGUACAGAAAUAUCCAAGAUAGCCAUGGACCAGAUUCAGUAAAGAGAACAACAAAAAAAGUAAAAAAAAAAAAAAUACAUCGAGAACCUUGAUAAAUUCUUAAACUUUGUGAAAUGGAAAGUUUAUCAACACUUGUCCAAUGUAAACAGUGAGUGAUUUUUUUCCCACGUGUGAUGAGGCCAUGAGAAGAAAGUAUGGUGGCUUGCUGAGAAGAAAGUAUGGUGGCUUGCUGAGAAGAAAGUAUGGUGGCUUGCUGAGAAGAGAGACACAUACGUCCUCCAUAACUUUCUCUCGUAAAUCAACCUUCUAAUGUCUGUAUGAGAGGUUAAGUGUCAUUAACCUGUGUGUGUGUGUCAUAGUUGGUAACAAGUACCUCUCUAACUUUUACUGAGGCUCAGGAGUUAACUUAUAAAUAGGAUAUAACUGAAAAAGACCAAAAUAUAGUGAAUUGGUACUGGGUGUUUUGGUUGUUAGUUUGGUUAAUAUUGACUUAUUAAUCUUUACCUGGUUGAACAAACUCAUCCCCUACGAUUAACUGAACUAAAAACGAGAGAAAACUAAGACAUAUUUUAUAAAUCGUGGUUGAAAAUAUAAUAAGAAUCACAAUAUGUUCAGGAAUUUAUGAUCAAAAUCACUCCUGCAACAUUAGCAACUGUGAGUGUGUGUGUGUCUGUGUAUGUGUGUGUGUGUGUGUGUUUGUGUGUGUUUGGUCAGUGUUUUGAUCAAUCUUAAUUUGAAGAAGAAGAAAAUAAAAGAAGUAUAAUUUAUUUCAUUGAAAACUUGUCAACAACGAUACUUUACCGAGUUACCUCGUAAAAUAUCUACAACACCAAGAGAAAAAAAAACACGAGAGAUUUUGAAAUAAGUGUAAAAAUAAAGACUUUUCACCUCGAAGUAAACAUUGACAAGUUUCUACAUCAAUGACGUCAACAUCCACUUAACAAAAGAACACAAUAGAACAUCAAGAACACCGUGGAAAGUUUCUCAAGUUGUGUGAUCAAUUUGGGGAUUUUCGAGUCGACGUCAGAGUUCUAGACAACACUCAGAGGUAAAUCCGGAUUACUGUAAUCGCCGAGAGUCUCCACUGAUACGUUUGUGUGUUGGUUAGAAAUUCCCCCGAGUGUUCUCCAAGACUUCUCAAGCGAACAGCUGUGGGUCCGUAAAUCAGCUGACGAAUGUAAACACAAAUCAGCUGAUGAAUGACAACAAACAAGAGGAUAAUAGCAGGACCUCUGAUACCUAGGACAUCAUCCACCUAGGAAUUCAGCUGCUAGAACAUCAGGAGUAACUUCUGCUAGGACUCUCACUACCCAGGGCAGAAGCACUAGGACUCUCAGUUUCCAGGGCAUAUGUGAAAGGACUCUCAGCUCCUAGGGCAGAUGUACUAAGACUCUUAGCUCAAAGGGGGAGAGGUGCUAGGAUCAACAGUUUUUUAGGGCACCGCCUGCUGAGACACUAGCAAACAGUUUCAAAGGCGUCAGCUGGAGGAGGAGUUACUGAACUAACUUGAAGGAUUAAAUCGCCUGAAGUUCCAAGACGCUGCUCCUAGGACUUACAGAUCCCAGGGCACAGCAGUAAGGACUUCCAAGUUACGUCUCCAAGGACUUUCAGGUUACGUCUCCUAGGACUUACAGAUUCCAGGGCACAGCAGUAAAGACUUCCAGGUUACGUCUCCUAGGACUCACAUAUCCCAGGACACAGCAGCAAGGAUCCUUCGAGGGUGUUAGGAGUGGAGGAGGAGGUGGCGGCGCCGGUAGGAUCAUGACGCCACGAGACUGUAGACUACAAGUGGCGCUGGUAGUGAUGGUGACUGCCCUGCUACACCUGUCCUACACCUGGCGUACUGAUCGUCGGCCUAAGCUUUUUGGCAGUAAGCUUCGACUCAGGUCAUUGGAGCCAGCCAAGUAUCGGAUACAGAAGAGAUUGGUCCAGUUCCAUAACUUCUUCCGGUCAAAAGUUAAGCCUCCAGCGUCCAACAUGCUGGCUAUGAGUUGGUCGUCAGUUGCUGCUGUAGACGCACAGAGAUGGGCCGACUCCUGCCAGCUCUUAGUUCACGAUGAUGACAGAGGCCGCACCGUAGAGCAGUUUGGGCCCUGUGGUCAAAAUAUCUUCGUCGCGACACAUCAAGUACCAUGGUUCUUCGCCGUCAAGACCUGGUGGUUAGAGAAGGACAAUUUCACCUACGGGGGACUGAAGAAUGAUUUAACGGUGGUUGGUCACUAUACGCAGAUGGUGUGGCAUUCUACCCACCAGUUAGGUUGUGGCUUAGCUUAUUGUGCCAAAGCUAAACCCAGACCUUUCUACAACUAUGUCUGUAACUACUGCCCCAUCGGUAACUACUUGGAGAGCCUACCCCGCCCGUACAAGCGAGGCAUCCCGUGCGGCUCGUGUCCUACAGAGUGCAAAGCGAAAAGACUAUGUACUAAUUCCUGUCCAUAUGGUGACUUGUGGGUCAAUUGCAAGGAGCUUCAGAUGGCCUUCUCAUCAUGGCUCUGUGAGACUCGCACCAAGGAAGGACUCGAAAGACUUAGAUACUGUCGAGCAACGUGUAAGUGUAAGGGAAAGAUUACUUAUCCUUGAGGGGGUAAUUAGGGAGUGAGGGGGAGAAGGAGGGAUAUUGUUGAUGUGUGGGGGGAGUAUUUAUAGAGUGAGAGGGAGAGGGAGGGAGAUUGUUGAUGUUUGGGGGAGUAUUUAUGGAGUGAGAGGGAGAAGGAGGGAGAUUGUUGAUGUUUGGGGGAGUAUUUAUAGAGUGAGAGGGAGAUUAGGAGUUAGGGAUUAUCACUAGAAGUUCGUUGGUUGAGAGAGCACAUUGAUACUCUUCUCUGAGUGGUGGAAAGAGCACAUUGAUACUCUUCUCUGAGUGGUGGAAAGAGCACAUUGAUACUCUUCUCUGAGUGGUGGAAAGAGCACAUUGAUACUCUUCUCUGAUUGGUGGAAAGAGCACAUUGAUACUCUUCUCUGAUUGGUGGAAAGAGCACAUUGAUACUCUUCGCUGAUUGGUUAAGAAAUGAUAUAGGAAGAUAUACUAGGAUAUAGGAGGUCUAGCUGGGAUUUAAGACUCCUAGGUGAGGCUGUAGGAGGGGAUACUGAACUAAGCUUUUCUUAUUCUUAUGGGAGACUAAUUUGCUUAUAGAACUUGGAUAAUAUGCAUUGAAUUUGGAAACGUGUGUGUGUGUGUGUGUGUGUGUGUGUGUGUGUGUGUGUGUGUGUGUGUGUGUGUGUGCGUUGAUGUUUCCCUGUGUUAUUAACUAUGUAAAACUUGUUUAUAACUCUCAAACAACAGCACAAACCAGAUGUUGUUUAUAUAUAUAUCAAUUUGUGUCUCUAUAUUAUAAACUUUAUAUCAAUUGA